UAUCAGUAAUAAUAGUAAUUAGUGUUAAAUGUUAAAUUAUUUCUCUUCUGAAUCACCCACAAUAAGACUUUUAGUACAAAUGUGCCAAACUAAAUUUUUUUUGUAAAUACUCACUGUGAUUAAUUGUUACAAUGCACAAAACAGAAGUUGACAUACCACCUAGCAUUCGAAAACGUCUAAUUCAUCUUUUUGGACUUAUAGAAAAAGAAUUUGAGUCUGUGUGCCAGGAAAAUGUUGUACUGCAGGAAAAAGUGGAGUCACUCACUGAAAAAGUUAACGAAAAGUACUUGACAACUGAACAAUUUCAAGUAAAUUCUAAACAAAAACCACCAACUGGUCAAAAACUUAAAACCGCAGAGAAAUUAAAAGCACAAACCAGUAAAAUUGUUUCUAGUUUUAAAAGUCCUUCAGCUGCUAAUUGUCAGUUUGUGAAAGAAUAUGGUGGUCACAGAGAUGGUUUGUGGGAUUUAGCGUUACCUCAUACUGGACAGCCCGUCAUUGGAACCUGUUCAGCAGAUCACACCGCAAGAAUAUGGUGUAUUGAAACUGGUACACCACUUUUACAGUACACUGGUCAUAUGGGAUCAAUUAAUUCCAUAAAAUUCCAUCCCAAUAAAGAUUUAGCUCUCACAUCAAGUGGUGAUCAAACUAUUCAUAUUUGGCAGGCAGCUGUUAAUCUAGAUAAUUUAGAAUAUGUUGGUAUACUGGAUUACCGGUCAGCAGUCAUAUAG